UGAAGGCCGAAGGCGCGUGAGUUGUGUGAGGAGCACCUGCAGGGUGGCUUGUGACGUGUGGAUCUGUGAUCUGUGUGUGGUGAUGGUGUCUGAGACGGAGUUAGCGGCCGUGCGGUCGGCAAUGCUCACCGUCCGCGUGCCCAAUGCAAGCGACAAGGUCUUCAAAACCGAAUGCCUCUUCAGGUCGGUGGCACGGCACCGACACACUGACUGACCGAAGAGGGAGGGAGAGAUCUCUCACGCAACACACAGAUCUACAAGUGUGUCGUGCUGUCUGUCUGCCUGCCUGUGUGGGUGUGGGUGUGGAUGUGUUCAGUUUCGACACCGUCGAGUCGCCCGACGGCCUGUACAUCAACAUGAGGACGUUCGAGUGCUUCGGCAGGGACUUCGUGCAGCUGGACAGCGAACGCACCGGCAACAAGCUCUACUACCACAUCAAAGACGUCAAGAUCCCCAAGCCGCAAACCGAGGACACCGAGACCGGAGAGGCCAAGAAGGAGCCCACCAAGCUGGCGAUUGGCGUCGAGGGCGGGUAAGUGCCAUGGGCAUCGUGGUGGACGGUGGGGACAGACAGAACAGACGAGGGUGGGAGGGAGCUGGUUGCGGUGAUGAUCUCUAUUCCAAGAGGUUGCUACUGAAGUGGCCGUGUUGAUACCUACACUGAACAAUCCGAAUCUGAGCAACCGAUACAGUCAGUCAGUCAGUCAGUCAGACAGGCGAGAAGAGUUUUGUGGGCGUCAGCGUCGUGUGAUGACACGCGAUUUUACCCACGCUUUUGAUGCUUCCGAAGCGUCAAGGGCACGUGAUACAGACAAACCGCUACCCUAGCCAAGCUGACCACUGCUGACGCCCACACAUACACACAUACACACACACACACACAGAGACAGAGAGAGAGAGAGAGAGAGCGAGAGAGAGUGCACAGUACACAGAUGGCGCACGGAUGGCUGCGUGUGGCUCUCUCUGUAUGUGUGUGUCGUGUCAGAUUCAUGGGGGGCGAGGCAGCGUUCGAGACAAUAUCGAGCACGUCGGUGGUGGUGCUGCCUGAGGGGUAUGAGAUCCCUCUCCCCUGCCAAGAGCUGCCCGAGAUCGUCAUCCAGGUACACACACACACACACGGAAAGACGAAGAAUGAAUGCAUGUGUGUGUGUCUGUGUGUCUGUGUAUGUACUGUUCAGUGCAUCACUGGGAUCACGGCUCACUCUGGCGGUGCGAUUGAGGACCAUCUCGCUGCAUAUGAGGAGGAACCGCCGAAGGUACCACAACACAACACAACACAUUACACGCACAGUAGACGGACAGACAGACAGAACAGAAUGGCCAUCCCUCUCUGGUGUGCAUGGUGGCGGUGUCUUGUGUUUGCUGUUUGCUGUCCUGUGGUGCAGCCGAGCAAGUACGCCGAGAAUCUUAUCCAGGUGGCCAACCCGCCUCAGAUCCCUCCGGGGAACUGGAGGUGCGCCGAAUGCGGCACCGGACAGAACCUCUGGCUCAACCUGUCCGACGGGUGAGAGGCGACGGGAGCACCAUCCCUGUAUGUGUGCUGUGUGACAAAUGGACGUCUGUGUGUCUUUGCUGCCUGUCGUGUGUAGGUUCAUCGGGUGUGGUCGGAAGCUGUAUUCGGUGUGGGAUGGCUGUGUCGGCGGGCAGGAGGGCGCGGCCAUCAGGCACUACCAGGUCGGUGGGCGAGUUAAUUGUUCGUCCCGGCCACACACAUGAUUGUGCGAGUCUUUGGGCCAUAUUAGGACACUGGUUGCCAGUACCCCCUGGCUGUGAAGCUGGGCACCAUCACCGCCCACACGGCAGACGUAUACAGCUACGCCGCGGUGAGUUCUAACCUCGAGGACCCACACACACGACACUGACCGACUGACUGGCGACACUCGGAGCGAUCGACGUCCGCACUGGGGCUUAUGUGGGUGUGUCCAUGUGCGUGUGAUUUAGGAUGAGGACACCUCUGUGGAGGACCCGUACAUAGCCAAACACCUCGCACACUUCGGCAUCAACAUUCAAAGCGUAACUGUGCCACAUAGGAUACGCGACAUGGCGGCAUGCGUCGCGUGUGCACAUGGAUGUGUGUGUGUGUGUGUUUAGCUUGAGAAGACUGAGAAGACGAUGACGGAGAUGUCGAUUGAGCACAACAUCAAGUACCAGUGGGACCGCAUCACCGAGGCCAACAAGAAACUCAUCCGCAUGGACGGACCAGGGUCAGUGAGGGAGACCACACACACAACACACACAUGUCACCAGUCGUUCGUGUGUGUACCGACCGGUGCCAUUCUUGUGUGUGUUUGUGUCAGCUACAUCGGUCUGAAGAACCUCGGCAAUAGCUGCUACAUGAACUCUAUCGUGCAGGUCACCCAAACCAGCCAAUGCUCUUGACAUCUCCCACUCUCCAUGGGUGUGUGUCUCGGUGCAGGUGCUGUGCAGCCUCCCCGAGGCUCAGAAGAAGUUCUUCCAACACGCCGACGAGAUCUUCAAGACGCUCCCACGGGUACGCGCGCAUCCACAUGACACCAAGAUCAGAUCACCCCCCCACACCCACACCGACACCGACUUGUCUCUCUCUGGCCACACACAUGAAUCAAUAAUCAGGACACGAGCGCAUCCUCCGACUUCCUGACGCAGCUGUGCAAGCUGUGUGUGGGGCUGCUGAGCGACCGCUACCCCCAGCAGCACCAGGCCGUCAUGGCCAAGCGCAAGGAGCUGGCUGCCGAGGGGGUCGAUAACGCUUCGCUGUCGGAGGAGGGCACGUCGGUGUCGCCUGGCAUGUUCAAGAGCGUCGUGGGCAAGGGGCAUUACGAGUUCUCCUCCGGACGGUGAGCGCGAGUGAGAGAGAGAGAGAGAGAGACAGAGGGAGGGGCGGCCUCUAUGUGUGUCUGUGUGGUGCAUGUGUGGAUGCAGUCAGCAGGAUGCGUGUGAGUACUACCAGCACCUGAUCAACUCGAUGAUGGCCGUGGCCGAGCGGCUGCUGCCCUCACGAUCGCCCGGCGCCGCUGCAGCUGCCGGCAUCGACUUCACGCGGCUCUUCAAGUACUAUGUAGGUAAUGCGAUUCGGUAGAGACAGGAGAAGACAGGAAUGCCUGUGUGUGGUGCGUGGGCAGGAGGAACAUCGCUACGAGUGCCCCCAGACCAAUCGCGUAAGCAGCGCUAUGUGGAAGGAUGGAUGGCCUGAUGUAUGUGUGUUGUGUAUGUGCCCCCCACCAGGUCAAGUACAAGUUCAACGAGGAGGCCUUCCUGCUGCUGCCCGUCCCGGUCGAGUGCGCAACCAACAAGGAACAGGUACACACACGCGCACACAGACAGACAGACCGAUACACACGCACACACACGGAGAGAGAGAGAGAGAGAGAGAGACUAGGCAGCCACACACAACACAACACCUGUUUCAUCCGUGUGUCUUGUGUGUUUUUGCCUGCCUGGUCAGGUGCAGGAGUACGAGGAGCGCAAGGCCAAGCGACAAAAGACCGACGAGAAGGCCAAAGAGGUCUGCCAGCCACCACCCACACAGCCCGGGACAACCAACACACACACACCAUGGGCACGUGUGUGUCCUGCGUGUCUGUGUGUAUGUGUAUGUGUGUGUUAGAAGGAGGAGGAGCCCAUCCAGCCUCGUGUGCCCUUCAAGGCGUGCAUCGACCAGUACUGCGGCCUGGGGGAGGUCGAGCUCAGAUCGGAGGGACGAAAUAUCAUCUGCCACUCACGAGUGAGUCGAACAAUGGGAUGAGAGAAGUGCACCCCUGUCUGUGUUGUCUGUGUAUGCCACACAGGCGCGCCCCAUGACGUUCCCGCCCUACCUGUGGGUGGUGCUGAAGCGCUUCUACCAAAAGCCUGACUGGACCACCGCCAAACUGGAGGCACUCGUGGAGGUCGGUAACUAACAGGCCCACACGCACUCAACAAACCGAUACACACCCGACCUCUCUUCUCUUUUCUGUCCAUCAGAUGCCGUCUGAGAUCGACCUGGAGAUGUUGCGCGGCAAGGGGCCGCAGCCCGACGAGACGGAGCUGCCGUCUGAGCCUGAUGCGGCCACGGCUGGUGCUGGGGGUGGUGCUGCCCCCGCUGCUGCUGCUGAUGCGGCUCCUGAUGAGAUGGUGGUGGCGCAGCUGAUGUCCAUGGGCUACUCGAAAAACGCCGCUAAGUGAGAGGAAGAGACUCCUCGCCCUCUCAACUCUCUGCUUGUGUAAUAUGAUGUCCAUGUCUGUCCAUGUCUGUCCAUGUCAGGCGUGCCUCUCUGGCUGCCCCCAACGCCACAGCGGACGCGGCUCUCGAGUGGCUGUUCGGCCACAUGGACGACCCCGACCUCAACGACCCUCCCGUCACCCCACAGCCAGCAGCCGCCGGCGGCGGUGGUGGUGGUGGUGGUGCCGCCCAGCUGGACGACGAGAAGGUGGCGAACCUCAUGAGCAUGGGGUUCGAGAAAGACCAGGCCGAGUGCGCACUCCUCAAGACCAACAUGGGUGAGCUGGCAGACAUGGGAGGACAAGACACCUUGGUGCAUAUGUGUCUGUGUGUGGUUGUGUUGGUGCAGAUGUGGAGCGUGCGGUCGACUGGCUGUUCUCCCACACGGACACCUUGGCUGCUGAGGUGGCGGCCAUGAAGGCCGAGAGGGAGGGCGGCGGCAACGAGGCAUCCAACGGUGGCGGUGAUGUACAGAUGGGGGGCGUCAGCAAGAAAGACCAAUACCUCGAUGGCGACGGUCAGCAAAUCAUCGGCCGUAGCGUAAAUGCCCUGUGUGUGUAUUAUGGUGGUGUGUGUGUGUAAGUCAGGCAAGUAUUCGCUGGUGGGGUUUGUGACUCAGAUGGGCAGCAACCUCGCCUGUGGCCACUAUGUGGCACACAUCAACAAGGACGGCAAGUAAGGACCACUGACAAGAGAAGAGAAACACACUCUGCUCUCUCCCACUCUGAGUGAGUGGCGCCUCUCCUCCAUCUCUAUGUGUGUGUGGUGUUUCCUUUUCGUGUUCGUGUGUGUGACUGAACAGGUGGGUUGUGUAUAACGAUCGCAAGGUGGCCAUCUCCGAGGAGCCGCCCUUCGAGUACGGUUACAUGUACCUCUACAGGAGGAAGGACUACACGCCCAACUAGCUCACUCACUGACCGCCACUCGCCACUCCCUCACUCCCUCUCUCUCUCUCUCCCUCUCUCGAGGCUGUUGGUGUGUGAGUGUGACGCAUUCCAUUGCACUGCAUGAGAUGGGGCAUACAGACGGGACUCUGCGAUUUAAGAAAUCCUCCUUUCUCCAGGGUUGGUUGGUUGGUUAUUGUGUUUAACGAGACUCGUGUCUGUAACCCCGAGGGGAUCCUGUCCA